AUGACAAAUCACCACACAAGGGAAUCAAUCAAGUUUUUAGAGAGUCUAAUUCAUCCUAAAAAUGUUGAAGACCUCCAAAGAACCAAAACAGAUAUUGAAAAUAACGUCUUUAAAAUUCUUGAGCUUAUCAAGAACAAAAGCCAUUCCACAAAGGGGACAGAACUUGUGGGGCUAGUAGAGGAUUUAUACCAGAAGCAACAAUCACUUAAUGCCCUAUAUGAUCGAGUCACUGAAGAGUUUGAAAAAGAAGUUUCUCGCAGAAGAAUCAAGAAGUCUGCAAUGUCUUUCUCUGACUCGGACUCUGAAUACUUUUCUCCAGAGGAAGUAGAUGGUAUUAAGAGAAAGUCAGAAAAAGAACAUCACAUUGUAUCUGAUCUUGACACCCUUAAGCAGGAAUCCGAUUAUAAGAUUAAAGCAACAACAAAAUUUGAGGAACAAUUAACUUCACUAACGAAAGAGGUUGAGAGUUUGAGCCAGCAAAAAAAGAAUCUAGAACUUCAAGUUGAAAGCCAAACACAUGAAGUUGAGCAUCUAACCUUGAAGAACAUUGACUUGUAUGAUCAAGUAUCUGAUUUGCAAACACAACUAAAUAACAGCGAGAGCCAAGCAAAGUCCAAUGUUGCAGAUUUGAUGGCAAAGAUCAAUGAGCUAGAACUAGAGACCAAAUCCCUAGAGACACAGAAAAAUGAAAUGGGAGAAAAAGUAGAAUGUGACAAAAAAGAAGCAUCAACCCAAAGAGAGGACUUGAUGGAGCAACUUAGCGUGAUGCAACAAAGGUUAGAUUCCAUAGAAAAUGAGAAAAAAGAACUGCAAGCUGAGAUGGAAAGGCAAAGGGAACAAAUUUCUCAAGACUUUGUUCAAAUAGAAAAUUUGAAGAACAUAUUAGCUGAAAUAAGAUCAGAUGAACACAAUAUGGUGGAAGAGAAAGAGGGGUUUCUUAAGAAGCUAAAGGAACUAGAACUAAAUUUGGAAAGUCAAAACAACCAGAAAAAUGAAUUGGAAGAGAAGUUAAGAGACACAAGUUAUGAGGUUAAACAACUGGCAAAUGAAAACAAGGCCCUUCAAGACAGAAACCAUGAACUGAGGACAACAAUGACACAGAAAGGGGAAGAGAUCUCUAUUUUUAUGAAAGAACAAGAAAACCACAAGAAUGGAGCCUCCAUGGAGGUUAUGUCUUUAAAAGCAAAACUUAACGGUAUGAGACUUGAGCUAGACACUAUGCAUGAGCAAAAAAACAAGCUAGAGCAACAAAAUGAACGAAGUCAAAAGGAAUAUGCCGAAAGCUUAGCAAAGGUGGAGAAUUUGAACACUAACUUGGAAACCCAGAUAGAUGAUCAAGCGAAAAUGAUUGAAAGACUUAACGAAGAGAAUAAACAAGCAAAAAUCGUGUAUAGUAAAUUGAAGUUAAUUCAGGUAACAGCGGAAAGGAAAAUGAAUGAAUUGGCAGAAGAGUUUCGAAGGAAAAUGGAAGACAACAUCAGGUUGUUGCACCAAAGGAUCCACGUGGCGGAACAACUGAACAACGAGAACAAAAAUAGUUGCAAAGUGACAAAGCAGAGGUACGAGGACGAGAACAAGAAUCUGGGACUGAAGAUUGCGAGUUACAGAGAGGAAACAACAACGCGUGUUCCAAUUAGGUUUGAAUUGGUUGCACAAAACAGUUUGGAUUUGGUGGUUGAAAAAGUUGAGGAGCACACGAGUCGCGUGACUAGAAUGAGGUGUAAGGUUGAGUUUGUGAAGGAUUGGAUGAAGGAAAGGAAUGGUGAGGCGAAAGAAUUGAGAGAGAAGGUGGAUUGCCUUAGGGAGUUGUUGAACAAAAAGGAAGAGCGAGAAUUAGUUUUAAGGGAGAAUAUGUGGAAAUUAGAGGCGAAUGCAAGCAAGGAAGGAGGGGAGAAGUUGAACCUAAAGAAACAAGUGAGCCAACUUGAGAAGAAAGUGGGGAAAUUAGAGAAAAUUUUGAAAGAGAAGGAUGAGGAGUUGGUUAGUCUUGGGGAAAAGAAAAGGGAAGCAAUAAGACAACUUUGUUUUGUGGUUGAAUUUCAUAGAGAUCAUUUGCAUUAUAUCGCAGGAGGAAACGGGCACAGAGAACAUGAAAACUGCAAGUACGUGGCGCAAAUGGAGUCUGGAGUCAGAUCAUCAUCAUCAUCACCUCGGAUUCGAUCGAAUCAACUUCGUUUGCUUCGGAACUCAGCUUCUGCUUUGAUUCUUUGUUUGUCUGCUGUUGCACAAGAAAUUGAAGACAAAGUGAAAAGGAUAUUGAAACUUAUUAAAGAGGACGACCUUGAAGAGGAUGGUACCCCAGUAGAACUUUCUAAGAAGGAACCGCUUGUUGAACUGAUUGAAGAUUUCCACAAUCAAUACCAAUCACUGUAUGCACAAUAUGAUCAUCUAACGUGCGAGUUAAGGAAAAAGAUCAAUGGCAAGCAAGAAAAGGGGAGUUCUUCAUCCAGCUCAGACUCUGAUUCAGAUUCAGAUUAUUCUUCAAAGGAGAAAGACAAGAAAAAUGGACAACUGGAAAAUGAAUUUCAAAAGAAAAUUGAUGGCUUAAGGCAAGAACUUGAAGUGCAUUGA